AUGUCCUUGAUUGAUACAAAUGGGUUGCCUUACCAAACAACAUUUGUAAUAAAUAUUUAUUACAUGAUUACUACAAACAUUGAUGUAUCUGACGGAUUAGCAAAUGGAGCUGCUAUAGCUGUUGGGAAGUUAGUUCAUGCAGAAACCGAUAUCGAAGGAGUAGUUAAAAUAGCAUGGCUUGAGUUUCCAGAAUUACCUCGAAUUGGUGAAAAAUUGAGACGUAAAGCAGCAGGUCACGCAUCAAAAAAUAAUAUCAGUCGAAUGGCUGUACCAAUUGUACAAAGAUCCUCUACAAUUCCGCUUAAUAAUAACAAAACUAUAGUUGUUAAACGUACUCAUAUUCCAUUAGUUUGUGCUUGUGCUACUACCAUUCAUAAAUCACAAGGUAGCACAUUUCCGGAAAUUGUUUAUGAAUAUGAGAAACAUCACAGCCGAUCCUUGUUAUAUGUUGCUUUAUCCCGAGUAACGAGUAUUGAAGGAUUGUAUAUAACUACUCUAAAUAAUGAUAAAACAUUUUAUCAUGGCCGAAAAACGUCAACGUCCACCAUCGAUUUACAAACAGAAUUUAAACGAUUGUCUCUGAAUAAAGUAGAGACUAUAAAUGAACAAUUGUUUCAGUUUAUAAAUAACAGGAAAGGUUUGUCACUUUUUACUUUCAAUUGUCAAAGUCUUAGAGCUCAUGUAGCUGACCUGGAUGAUUCAAUUGUGAAAAAUUCGAAUGUUUUAGUUCUGUCUGAAACAUGGCUAAACAAUGACACUGAAAUAAACAUUACUGAUUUCAAAUGCAUUGCACAAUUUAAACGGCUGAACACAAGAGCAGGAGGUGUAGGAAUAUAUCAUAAUUCUAAAGAUGUUGCUAACAUCGUAACUUCAUCAAUAGAUUUUUCUGUUCUUUCUCUUGACUUUCAUGGGUCACUAACUUCAGCAGUUGGUGAUUUAUGUAUGGCUCAAUGCACAAUGGUAAAUGGGAUAAUAAUUUUGAUUGUUGCAAUAUAUAUAUCUCCUAAUCAGAAGGUGGACGAUAUUAUUGAUUUUAUUCACCAUUCAUUGUUAUCAUACACAAGUGGCGGUGCCUCUUUACUCGGCAACAAUAAUGAUAAAAUACCGAUGAUAUUAAGCGGAGAUUUUAAUAUCAAUUUUGCAUCAGAAAAAUCUUUGAAACUAAUUGAAUUUUUGAAAGAUAAACUGAAUUUAUCCAUGAAAAACAAUCCUCAAACGUCGACAACGAGAUCCGGCACUACAAUUGAUGGAGUUUUCGCUCGGUUACUAAAUUUUGUAGAAUGUAAACAAUAUAUUUCGUAUUUCAGUUACCAUAAGCGAUUAAUAACACAAAUAUAUAAUAACGACAUCAAUGAUAGUAAUAAUUAUAUUACAAUUAAUGAAAUUCUGUAA